CACCGCGAGGCCUCCCCGUCGCCUGCCCAUGCCAUGCCAUUACGCCGCCGUGCCGGCCGCGCCAUCGCCGCCGCACCAGGCGGCUUCCUCCACCUCUCCCUGCUCGCCUCCCUCCGCCGCCGUCCCUCGCUCCAGGCGCACGCGCAGCUCCUGCUCCUGGGCCUCCCGCUGCCCCACGCCGCGGCCUCCCGCCUCCUCCGCCCGCACCUCCGCGCCGGCCACCCGCUCGCUUCGCUCCGCCUCUUCCUCCGCGUGCUCCGCGACCACCAGCCCGCCCCAAACGUCCGCACCGCUUCCCUGGAGCAGGAGGAGGCCGUCCCUGACUCCCGCUCCCUCUCCGCGGCUCUCGCGGCCUGCUCCCGCCUCGAGUCCCCUUCCGCCGGCUUCUGCACCCACGCCUUCGUCCUCAAGUCGGGAUUCGCCUCCGACUUGUUCGUCGCGAACUCGCUCCUCCAUUUCUAUGCCUCGUUCGGUCUCCACGCCCUCGCGUGCAAGCUGUUCGACGAAAUGCCGGCGAGUGACACCGUCUCGUUCAACACGCUGAUCAGUUCGUACGUGCAGUCAGGAUGCGUUGAACGCGCAUUGGGGGUGUUCAGGGACAUGGUGGAGGGAGGGUUCCGGCUGGACGAGUGGACCAUCACGGCGUUGCUGGGCGCCUGUGCUGGGCUAGGCGAUUUGAUGGUGGCCAAAGCUGCGCAUGGGUUUGCCAGCAGGGCAUUGAGGCAUACAUUGUUCGACUCUGCAGAGGUGGUAAUUGGGUUAGUGGACAUGUAUGUUAAGUGUGGCGCAGUGCAGCUCUCCAGGAGGGCAUUUAAUUUGUUUGGGGAUAAGACGAAGGACGCGAGGAUUUGGAGUGUCAUGAUGUCAGGGUAUGCAAGGGCUGGGGAGAUCUACAUGGCUCGGAAUUUGUUUGAUGAGAUGCCCAAUAAGGAUUUGGUUGCAUGGACAGUUUUGGUCGGUGGAUAUGUGCAGGCAGGUAGAUGCAAGGAGGCACUUCAGUUGUUUGAGGAGAUGGAAGCGACAGGACUCGAGGCUGAUGAGGUGACGGUUGUCACCGUGCUUUCAGCUUGUGUCCAGCAUGGUGCGAUUGGUCUUGCAAAGAGGCUCCAUCGUCGUGUGAACCAGAAUGGAUUGGUUAGCAGGAAUGCAAGAGUUGCCACCAGCUUCGUGCACAUAUAUGCAAAGCAUGGUUGCAUACAGACAGCUAUGGAUGUGUUUCGUGGAGUCACUGAUGAAUUCAAGACUGUAGAGUUGUUUAAUGCUAUGAUACAUGGACUCGCCCACCAUGGUUAUGGUGAGAAAGCUAUCUCACUUUUUGAUGAAAUGGAAACCCUGGAGCUCCAACCUGAUGACAUCACAUUUGUGGGAGUCCUGUGCGCAUGCAGUCACAGUAACUUGGUCGAACAAGGGCGUAAGAUGUUCUUAUCAAUGUCAGACAAGUAUGGUGUCAAACCAGAUAUCAAGCAUCAUGCUUGCAUGGCUGAUCUCCUUGGAAGAGCUGGACGGAUUGAUGAAGCUUACAACUUUAUCCAGAAUAUGCCUUUCAAAGCAAAUCAUGUGGUAUGGUCAUCUCUUCUGACAGCAUGCAAGAUCCAUGGUAAUAACAAGAUUAGGAAGCUUGUAGAGAGGCAAAUUCUUGGGUUAGAUGCUACCUACAAGCCUGAAAAGCUGACCUUAUCUGGCUUAUUUUCUGAUCACAAGAGGAAAGAGCUAUCUGCAAGGGUGAGAAAGGCUAUAAAGCACAAAUAUGAGCACAGGCAUACACGGUAGGAGUCACACCGAAUGGUAAUGUCUAUCAGAUUGCAAUUACUGAUGCUUCCCAGCUUCACACUCAGGUAAAGGUGAUUGAUUGGAUGCCUGAAGAAGUGAAGAUGCCCAAGGCAUUUGUUUUUCUCAGGAUGCAUUGGGAGAAGACUGCUUGGAAUAUUGAGAGACAGCUGCUCUAGCAUUUCCCUUGAUAAACUCGAUUCCUGAAACCCCAACAGAAGUUGUCAUGAACCAUUGUAUAUGUGGUAGUUGCCAUUCAUCAAUCUGAGUAUUUGCUGACAAUAUAAAGUAAGGGUGUUCCAAUAUUAGGCUAAGUUUUGAAAGGAAACAAAGGAUUGCCCUUGCAAAGAGCAGGGGCCAUGCAUUUUCAGAUCUUGUGUACAAGCUCUGAAUGUACCUUGGAGGGAUAUGGCAAUUUUGCUACAGAAGAUAACAUGGCUAGUGUAAAAAAAAAUUUGGGGGGGGGAUUGUCGGUGUUUCUCCCCCGGGGGGUCACACCAACGAGUAAAUUUGUAUGCGUGCUCCCCUUUCCGGAUGGUGAUGCAAGAAGACACAGAGAUUUAUCCUGGUUCGGGCAAGAGAAAGCCCUACGUCCAGCGGGGGGAGAGAGUUUGUAUUAUCUUGCACCUAAGUGCUUGCACAGGGGCGAAUACAAGCGUGGAGUGAAAUGUGGAGCUCUUCUACGUAUAUGUGUGGUCUUCGUUCUAUUCCUGAGUCCCUCCUUUUAUAGCUCCAAGGAGAGAG